AUGGUAGUCGGUAGUGAUAUCCUACCGAAAAUACUUGUCCCAGGCCUUAAAAAUGACAUCGGUGGAAGCCUCAUAGCCCAGAAUACCAUAUUUGGAUGGAUUUUAAGCGGACCUGUAGCACAAUCGAUUACAUCACUCAGUACGCAAGUAAUCGAGACCAUGGUCGACCCCUUAGGUGAUCUGCUGAAGAAAUUCUGGGAACAAGAAGAAGUGUCAGGAGCCCAGACACAGACGGAUGAAGACACUAUCUGCAAGGACCUCUAUCGAAAUACCACUUACCGGAGAAAUGACGGUCAAUAUGUGAUAAAACUCCCCUUCAAACCGGAAUUUCCCAAACCGAUGGCAUUAGGACACUCAAGACUCUCAGCUCAGCAGCAAUACAUCAGCAUCGAACGAAGCCUGGAGAAAAAACCGGAUCUCCAAAAAAUCUAUGCAGAGGUCCUAGAAGAGUACCAAACACUCGACCAUAUGGAGCGAACGAAUGCCCAAGAAAUUAUACGGGACGGCAAAUACUUCUCAUUCUAUCUGCCACAUCACGCAGUAAUAUAA